AGAAGAAGAAGAAGAAGCGUCUGACCAAUCAGAGCUUGAGGCGUCACACUUCCUGUCCGUCCCUCCCUUAUAUGGACCCCGUCGGUUAGCACGUCUCUCCGGUUAACGGUCACAUUUACGGUUAAAUUUACGGUUAAACGCUUCGGAUGAUCAUCCAGUAAUAAAAUAAUCCACCAUGGCUUCUCGAGAAGGUCCGAGAGCGACGGGCACAGACGGCAGCGACUUCCAGCAUCGGGAGAGGGUUGCCUCGCAUUACCAGAUGAGUGUCGCCUUGAAGUCUGAAAUCCGUAAACUGAACAUUGUCCAUCUUGUGAUCUGGGUGCUGAUGGCCGCUCAGGUCACAGUGAGCCAACUGAGCCUGGUGUCCCACAAGGUAGUCGCCUCUCCGUACCAGUGGGAGUAUCCCUACCUCCUGAGCAUCAUUCCCACCAUCUUCUGCUUCCUGGCGUUGCCCCGCAACAACAUCAGCUACCUCGUCAUCUCGAUGAUCAGCGCGGGGCUCUUCUGCGUGGCCCCGCUGAUCUACGGCUCCAUGGAGAUGUUCCCUGUGGCCCAACAGCUGUACCGACACGGCAAAGCCUACCGCUUCAUCUUCGGCUUCUCCGCCGUGUCCGUCAUGUACCUGGUGAUCGUGAUUGCUGUGCAGGUGCACGGCUGGCAGAUCUACUACAGCAAGAAGCUGCUGGACCAGUGGUUCACCAGCACGCAGGAUAAAAAGAAGAAAUGAGUUCACCAAGAGAAGAGACUUCCAGACGUAUUGUGGCCCUCCAUCAUAUUUUUCUAUAUUUAUAUUGACAGUGGUGAUAUCAUGUAUGAAUUCCCCGGACUGCUCGUGCCUGCUGCCAUCACUCUGUGCUUAAAUCCUCCUGUAAAUGUCCUCUGUUGUCUGUCUGUACUUCGUUAUUACAGGUACUGUCAGUAAACAAACCAGACACAUGAUCAUGUAAGUCGAUGUUUUGAAAGAUUAAUAAAUUCAUUUGACUUUU